AUGUCGAGUCACAGUUCACCGUCACUACGAGGGCUCCUCUCCAAUAACAGGAUCACCUUCGGGCUACUUCCAGGACUCGGUAUCGUGAUAAUACUCCGCAUGGCCAUACAUCUCUACAGACCUGACAUCGAAGACGCCGAGAAUCGUGUCAGAGAUCACCCCUUUGAGCAACUCUACGAUACGUAUGACUUCGUCAUAGUUGGCGGAGGAUCUGCUGGAUCAGUCUUAGCUAACAGACUGUCUGAAAACCCUAACUGGAAAAUACUUUUGUUGGAGGCAGGACAAGAUGAGAAUGUAUUAUCAGAAGUACCAGUUUUGUUCCCCGUGCUACAAACUUCGUCUAUUGAUUGGCAAUUUUUAACUGAACCUAGUGAUGCAUAUUGUUUGAGUAUGGUGGAAAAGAAGUGCAAGUGGCCUCGUGGCAAAGUGCUCGGUGGUUCUAGUGUGUUAAAUGCUAUGCUAUACAUAAGAGGGAAUAGACGGGACUACGAUAACUGGGAACGUAUGGGGAAUCAAGGAUGGGGAUAUGACAGUGUGUUGCCUUACUUUCUUAAAUCAGAAGAUAUGAAGAUCCCUGAACAUCAGAACGAUCCAUAUCACGGGACUGGUGGCCCUCUGACAGUUGAAUACUUCGCUUACGAACAUCCAAUUACAAGAGACAUUUUGAAAGCUGGUGAACAGCUAGGGUACGAGAUCCGCGACGUGAAUGGAGAGUUUCAAACUGGUUUUACGCGGUCCCAAGCAACAGUUCGUGAAGGACUUCGUUGUAGCACUGCGAAAGCUUAUUUACGACCAGCAUCAAAGAGGGAGAAUCUCCAUGUAAGUGUGCAUUCAUUGGUAGAAAAAGUGCUGAUAGACGAGCAAAAUGCUGCGUAUGGAGUUCAAUUCAGGAAACAUGGACAAGAACGUAUCGUAAAGGCAAGCAAAGAAGUCAUAUUAUCUGCUGGAGCGAUACAGUCUCCACAGCUACUGAUGUUGUCCGGUAUAGGUGAAGCGGACCACCUAAAAGAUGUUGGAAUACACCCGAUAGUUAAUCUUGUUGGAGUUGGGAAGAAUCUUCAAGACCAUAUUGCUAUGGGAGGUCAUUCAUUUCUCUUUGACAACCCCUACAAGAAUGGUACACCUUACUGUUUUAAUCUACCUGAAGUUUUAACAGUAGCAAGUCUAGUAGACUUUAGCGUUCAUAAGAGUGGACCACUAUACAGUAUGAUGGAGGCUGAAGCGAUGGCGUUUGUGAGUACUAAGUAUCAAGAUCCUAGUGAAGAUUAUCCUGACGUACAGUUAUUCAUAGCUCCUACGGCAGAUAAUUUGGACGGGGGUUGGUUUGGUAAGCGAGCCAAUGGGUUAACAGACGACACUUACGCAGCACUUUAUGAAGACAUCCUGUAUGAGUCUUCGUUUUCCAUAGUGCCACUAUUACUGAGACCAAACAGCCGCGGAUACUUGAAACUACGAGAUGCAAGCCCCAACUCCCCACCGCUGAUUUACCCAAACUAUUUCAGUGACCCGCAAGACAUUAAAGUAUUGAUCGAAGGUGCUCGAAUAGUGCAAGCAAUUGUGAAUCAACCAGCUCUUCAGGAACUGAAUGCUCGACCAAACCCUCGUCGGAACCCUGGCUGUGCUCACCACGAGCUAAUGUCUGAAGAACACCUGGAAUGCCAGGCGAGGCAUCAUUCCCUCACGAUAUACCAUCCAGUAGGCACCUGUGCUAUGGGCCCAGCUGAAGACCCUGAAGCUGUAGUUGAUUCCAGACUGAAGGUAUAUGGCAUCAAUAGACUUCGAGUGGUCGACGGUAGCGUAAUGCCAACAAUAGUGAGCGGUAACACUAACGCACCCAUCAUUAUGAUAGCAGAGAGAGCAGCUGACAUGAUCAAAGAGGAUUGGGGCGAGAUUAUCCUUGAACCAGCGUACACUGUACCAGACCCGGUCUACCAGCAACCUACGAACACGGAAAAUGAUGAGCCAACAAAGAUCCGACUGAAAACAUCACCAGAUCUUUUUAAUGAAACAAAGAGUAUCUUUCCAUCCCUUUUUAGCUAUCCUGAAAGAACACAGGACUACGAUAUUCACAGCCAAGUUGCAUCUCCGUCUUAUACAAGUGAAAAACCUUUACUAACUGAAAUAUCUCAGAAAAUAUGGCCUCUGAAUAUUCCACGUCGUAACUCAAAAGUUCGUCCACAGAACCCUUUAACGAAAUAUUUUUAUGGACGUCCUCGAGGAAGGUUUAAUCCAUAUUAUCCCCUAAAUAUCCCUAAUUAUGGUGCAAAUUACGGAUUAUCUCGGCCUUUAUUCCCUUCUUCACGAUUAGGUAACCAGCUUUACAAGAACUUACGUUCAGAACCGAAUCCUUUUUAUUAUUAUGGUGGUGAUGGGCCUAGUUAUUAUGGGAGAAGUGAAGUAGCUUCUCCUGGUGAAAGAAAAAAGUGCAAGCUAUGGCUGUAUUAUAACGGUGAAAAAUAUGAAGUAGAUUAUUGA